AUGGAUUUUGCCAAGCGCCUAAUCGGCCGCCGCCACGCUCUUGCUGCCAAACCGACCGAAGCGGAAUCGAAGUCGACGACCAAGAAGAACGAUGCCGAUCUCGUGCGACACAUUCCCCAGGCCCCGUCAGGACUCUACUUUCAAUCGAACCAAGACCUGGGACCCCCAUACCACAUCAUUCUCGACACCAACUUCUUCGCGCACACGGUCCGCCACAAGAUCGACGUCGUCAUGGGCCUGAUGGACCUCCUCCUCGCCAAGUGCACACCCGUCGUAACGGAAUGCACGAUCGCCGAGCUUAACAAGCUGGGACCGAAGUUCCGCCUGGCCCUGCGGCUUGCGAAGGACGAGCGAUUCGAGCGAUUGAAGUGCUCGCACUCUGGCACGUACGCCGACGACUGCAUCGUCACCACCGUCACGAAGAACCGCUGCUACCUGGUUGGAACGAACGAUAGGGCUCUGAGACAGAAGCGGAGGAAGGUCCCGGGUGUGCCUUUAAUUGCGGUCGGAAAGGGAAAAUACUCUGUUGAGAGGCUGCCCGAGAUCGCUGUUUGA